CGACAGCUUCAUGGAGGAGCCCAGCUCCGGCUCCAUCCCUUGAGCUCACCGGGGGGCGUGGGGUUGAGCCCCCAUCCCACCAGCAUCCCUCUCUGCCUGCAGCCGCUCAGCCCUCCAGCUCUCUGGCAGCAUUCCCGGCCACGCUCCCGUCACCCUUUGCGCAGGAGUUUGGCAGCGUUGCUAUGACGACCCUAACGAUGCAGCCAGCAGCACCCAGCCUACACCUAGCACAGCUGCGAACAAUAUGCCCAUUGUAAAAUACCCCAGGGCUCCAGAGCCUCGCUGGCGUGAAUGGGACAGGAAAGCACAGAAAUGUGGAUUAAGACACACGGUCUAUGCUGUAAAUGGGGAUUACUAUAUCGGAGAAUGGCUGGACAACUUGAAACACGGUAAAGGCAUCCAGGUAUGGAAACAGGCCGGAGCUAUUUACAGCGGUGACUGGAAGUUUGGAAAGCGGGAUGGUUAUGGCUCAUACAGCAUUCUUGACCCUGUAACCAAGGAAUACAAGAAGGUGUACGCAGGCUGGUGGAAAAACGACAUGAAAUGCGGCUACGGGGUGACGUUUUACCCUGGUGCGGAGCGCUACGAGGGCGAGUGGAGCGCUGGGCUGCGGAGCGGCUGGGGACGGAUGUACUACCAGGAUGGAUCCAUCUACGAGGGGCAGUGGCUGGAGGACAGGCCUGGCGGGCAGGGGAUGUUGCGGCUGCCAAACAAAAAUCGGUACGAAGGAGGUUGGAAAGAUGGAAAGAAGCAUGGCCCAGGGAAAUUUUUCUACUUGGACAAGGGACAACUGUUUGAAGGUAUCUGGGCAGCAGAUAUACCAAAGUGUGGAAUUCUGAUUGACUUUGGCAGAGCCGAAGCUCCUGCCCCUCCUCAGUAUCCAAUCCCAAAGCAAGGGGAGAAGAGAGAUGAGCCAGCAACCCUCCAGCUCUUGGCAAAUAUUGGAAAGAUCCCCCUCUCUGGGGGCCGCAGCCCCCAAAGCUACAUGGAGAACUGA